AUGACGAGCCGGAUCUUGGGGCGGGGGGCCGCCGCCCUGCCCGCCGCCGUACGCGGUGAGGGGUGCUACAUCGUCGAUGAGGCCGGCCGGCGCUAUCUGGACGGAUCGGGCGGCGCGGCGGUCUCCUGUCUGGGCCACUCCGAUCCCGACGUGCGGGCGGCAAUUCACGACCAGCUGGACCGGAUCGCUUUCGCGCACACCGGCUUUUUCACAUCGAAGGCCGCCGAAGAGCUGGCGGACCGCCUGGUGGCGAACGCGCCGGAGGGAAUCGGCAAGGUCUAUCUUCUAUCCGGCGGAUCGGAAGCGGUCGAAGCGGCGAUCAAGCUGGCGCGCCAAUACUAUCUGGAGAUCGGCCAGCCCGAGCGGCGCCAUCUGAUCGCCCGGCGACAGAGCUAUCACGGCAACACGCUCGGCGCGCUGGCCGCCGGCGGCAAUGCCUGGCGGCGCGAGAAGUACCAGCCGCUUCUGGUCGAGACCCAUCAUGUCGCGCCGUGCUUUGAGUAUCACUUCCGUGAAGAGGGCGAGAGCGCCUUCGAUUAUGGCCAGCGCGUCGCCAACGAACUGGAAACGGAGAUCGAACGGCUCGGAGCAGAGACCGUCAUGGCGUUCAUCGCCGAGCCGGUCGUCGGCGCGACGGCAGGCGCGGUGCCGGCCGUUGACGGCUAUUUCCGGCGCAUUCGCGAAAUCUGCGACCGUCACGGCGUACUGCUGAUCCUCGACGAGGUGAUGUGCGGCAUGGGCCGGACCGGCACCUUGUUCGCCUGCGAGCAGGACGGGAUCGCGCCCGACAUCGUGACCUUCGCCAAGGGGCUCGGCGCCGGCUAUGCGCCGAUUGGCGCGAUGCUGUGUUCGGACGAAAUCUACGGGGCGAUCGCGAGCGGCUCGGGCAGCUUCCAGCACGGGCACACCUAUCACGGCCAUCCGCUGGCCGCAGCCGCCGGCAAGGCGGUGCUCGAUGCCAUUCUGGACCGCGACCUGCUGCACCGGGUCCGCGCGCGAGGCGAAGCACUGGAAGCGGCCUUGAAUGCGGCCUUCGGCCAGCAUCCGCAUGUCGGCGACAUUCGCGGCCGGGGCCUGUUCCGGGGCAUCGAACUGGUCGAGGACCGGGCGACGAAGACAAGCUUUGAUCCCGCGCGCAAGCUGCACGCAAAGAUCAAAGCGGCGGCGAUGGCGGAAGGCCUGAUCUGCUACCCGGCCGGUGGUACGGUGGACGGGCGCCGCGGCGACCACGUUCUGCUGGCGCCGCCCUUCAUCAUCACCGAAGACCAGAUCGGCGAACUGGUCGGCAAGCUCGGCCGGGCGAUCGAUACGGCGCUGGCCGCAUGA